UUUCCCUCAGAACACCCUGUGCCAGGUCCAAUAUCUAUGCUGGGUUGGAUUGGACUGGAUAUGCUAUUUGGUACUGCAUGGCACCUUCUUGUUCGUUCCCUUUAACCCAACGCGCGCGUCAUCAAAGUUCUAUGGAAAUCAGUAUCAGUCAAUCAGUACUCUAUAAUUGAACUUUAUUGACGGGAGAAAGAUCGACUGCUUUAUUCCGAUAUUAUCAGUAUCUGCCAUCAAAGCAGAUCAAUAUGGCUCACGUCGUUGAGCUUCCUGCAGAGGCCAAUCCUCUGACCCUGCAAAACGUCCUCAAUGCUUUGUUGUUGGCUGCUAGUUCGACAACGCAGCAGGUACAGACGGGGUCCAAGCAGCUUGUGAAUUGGGAGAAGAAAGAGCUCUAUCAUUCCUUGCUUCAGGACGUUUUUCUAGAUUAUUCCGUGCCCGUAGAGAUCAGAUACCUCGCGAUUAUCCAGUUAAAGAACGGGAUCGAUAAAUACUGGCGGAAGACGGCUACGAAUGCUAUUAAGAAAGAUGAAAAGGAACGGAUAAAGUCCAGGGCCCUGCAGGCUGGUAUUGUCGAGCCGGCACCGCUUCUGGCACUGCACAAUGCAUUGAUGAUUUCUAAGAUUAUGCGUUAUGAGUUUCCUCAUGAUUGGCCCGAUGCUAUUACCUCUCUCAUUUCUUCGCUCCGCGCCUCUGUUCAGCCCGAUGCCAAUCCGAUUCAAUUACCACGGACCCUCCUCAUUUUCUUACAGAUAAUCAAAGAGCUGUCCACCGCCCGCUUGCAGAGAACACGGCAUAGCCUCAUGUCUGUUUCUCCUGAAAUAUUCCAUUUGCUGGCGAGUAUAUACGUUGAAAAAGUAAAUUACUGGGGUGUGCUUUUGGAACAAGGAAGUGCAGGAGAGGCAGCGCCACUGCAGGUCAUGGAACAAAGCUUAAUUUGUCUGAAAGUUCUUCGACGUCUUAUCAUAUCCGGCUUCGAACACCCCAACCGCGAGGAACAGGCCAGACAGUUCUGGCUACUCACGCACUCUCACUUCAGUAAAUUCUUCUCUUUUGUGGAUGGCUGUGGCACCUUGUCACCCGAAAUCUCGAAACUGAUCGAGAAGCACCUUCUGCAGCUAUCUAAACUUCACGUUGAUAUGGCUACAUCUCAUCCCGCCGACUUCGCUCUGCUCCCAGACAGCUUUCUUCUUGUAAAGUCAUACUGGACGCUGGUGGUUAAGCUUGGGGAGACGUAUGACAAGCUAGGAGAUGAUGGCGAUUCAGACGGGAAGUUUCUGAUGGAGAGAUGUGGACUUAGAGCUCUCCUUUUGAUUAGGGCAUGCGCGAAGAUGGCUUUUAAUCCCGCACAAACAUUCAAGUACCAAACUCCCCAGGACAAGGAAGAGAAGAGGCAGUCCAUUGAGCUUGUCAAGUUGCAGCUGUUCACGCCCGACUUUGUCGUCAAUGUCAUGGAGCUUCUAGUCACAAAGUUCUUCAAGUUCAGGCAAAACGAUUUCCAAGAAUGGGAAGAGGACCCAGAAGAGUGGGAAAAGCGAGAAGAGGAGGUUUCUGACGCCUGGGAAUUCUCCAUUCGAUACUGCUCGGAAAAGCUCUUCCUAGAUCUUGUCAUUCAUUUCAAAGACCUGCUUAUUCCCAGGCUGCUGAACGUAUUCUAUUCUUUCGCAACACCGGAGAAUCACGAUGUUCUUUUGAAAGACUCUUUGUACUCAGCAAUUGGGCUGGCCGCCGCAAGCCUAGAGCAGCACUUGGACUUCAAUGCUUUCUUGCAAUCAACGCUCGUGGCGGAAGUUCAGAUUCAGGAACAUGGUUAUAAUGUCCUGAGGAGGAGGAUCGCUAUUUUACUUGGCCAGUGGGUUCCAGUCAAGCCGGGCGAGCUUGACAGGGACGCCAUUUAUCAGAUCUUCCAGCAUCUACUCAACAACCAGGAUUCUUUGAACGAUCUUGUCGUUCGGCUUACCGCAGGAAGGCAGCUGAGGAAUGUGCUUGAACCAUUUGAAUUUUCUCCCACUGGAUUCAUGCCGUAUGCGCCUGCUAUUUUCCAGGGCCUGAUGGACCUCAUCCAGGUGACUAAUCUCCCCGAGACUAAGAUGGGCCUACUGGAGACUAUUCGAAUGGCAGUUGUAAAGAUGGAGGAUCACAUUGCACCAUUCUCGGACCAGAUUCUAUCUCUAUUGCCCCCCUUAUGGGAACAGGCCGGAGAGGAGCAUUUGAUGAAACAGGCCAUCCUCACUUUGCUUUCGGCGCUAAUAAACUCGUUGAAACAAGAGUCAGCGAGAUAUCAGCCGCUUAUUCUUCCGCUGAUUCGAAGUUCAGUGGAACCAGGCUCUGAGAGCCUCAUUUACCUUUUGGACGAAGCAUUGGACCUUUGGUCUGCUAUUAUCACGCAGACUCCGGCACCAGCAUCGCCCGAUAUUCUCUCACUUCUUCCAUCUCUGCUCCCUAUUUUCGAAGAUGCGACAGACAAUGUUCCUCAGGCAGUGCAGAUCGCGGAAUCCUACAUUCUACUUGCUCCGCAAGAAAUCCUCAGUGACCGUAUUCGAUUUCCCCUACUGACUGCAUGCGAGUCUCUUCUACACUCCACAACUCGUCAGAGUCUCGGUAUUGUGCCGCGUCUUGUGGAGAUGAUAAUCCGCUGCGCAGAAGUUGUCGAUGGUGGAAGCGAAGCCUCGUACGGUGUCAUCUCGCAAACACUUCUGGACAGCUCGUUCCUCUCCUCGCUUUUGAAAGGCAUCCAUUCCGCGCACGAAGCUAGCGAAACAACAGGACCCAAUAGGAAAACCAGCCCUGUCUAUGGAGUAGUCGAGACGGAUUACCUCUCCGUGCUCGCGCGGCUGGCAUUUGGCAACCCCCGGAUUUUCAUAUCAGCAGUCUCCGCCGCGACGGGCACAUCUGAUGAGCAGGCCCUCAGCUGGAUCCUAAAGGAGUGGUUUUUCCACUACGACAAUAUCGGCAGCGCCACGCAGAAGAAGCUCCACGCCCUUGCACUCACGCAACUACUUGCACUCAACGCACCGGAUCUUCCUCCACCAGAGUACAUUCUCAAGCAUCUUCAAUCAUACCUGACCGUGUGGACGGACAUUAUCACCGAACUCGCAGACGGUGAUGAUGGGGAAGAUCCUAAUAGCGGCAAGGACUACCUUGUAUACUGGAAUGAUAAGAAACAAGGUUCUCAGAAUGACGAUGAUAUCGCCGCGUCCUCCUUCGCCGAACCACCAGAGGUCAGGCGUCGACGGAAUUGGGACGACUCUGACGUUGUUUAUAAGAUCAAUAUUCGAGAUCUCAUACGAGAGAGAUUGCAGUCUCUUAUUGUGAGAUGUGGUGGGGGACAACAGUUUCAGGAGGACUGGCUGAACCAUGUUGACAGGGAGGUUGUCAGUGGAUUUGGGGCAAUGGGGAUUCUUUGA